GUGCUCACCAUGGGCCCACUAGGUUCAGAGACUGAGGAGAACGGAACAGUGGAAGAUGUGAAGGUGGAGCCAUCUGGGCCAAGGCAGACCACUCCUAGCGAUGAGUUGCCCCCUGACCCUGAGCCGGAGCUUCUAGACAGCACUAAACUGGUUGAGGUACAGAUUGUCCUCAUCCUGGCAUAUUCCUCCAUCAUCUUGCUUGGGGUGAUGGGAAACUCCCUGGUGAUCCACGUGGUGGUCAAAUUCAAGAGCAUGCGUACAGUCACUAACUUUUUCAUCGCAAAUCUGGCUGUAGCUGACCUUUUAGUGAACACCUUGUGUCUGCCCUUUACUCUCAUCUACACAUUAAUGGGGGAGUGGAAAAUGGGUCCUGUCCUAUGCCACCUGGUGCCCUAUGCCCAGGGCUUGGCAGUACAGGUAUCCACAAUCACCUUGAUAGUCAUUGCCCUGGACCGGCAUCAAUGCAUUGUCUACCACCUGGAAAGCAAGAUCUCCAAACACAUCAGCUUCCUGAUCAUUGGCUUGGCCUGGGGCGUCAGUGCUCUACUGGCAAGCCCCCUGGCCAUCUUUCGGGAGUAUUCCCUGAUUGAGAUAAUUCCAGACUUUGAAAUCGUGGCCUGUACUGAAAAGUGGCCUGGUGAGGAGAACAGCAUUUAUGGAACUGUCUAUAGCCUCUCCUCCUUGUUAAUUCUGUAUGUGCUGCCUCUGGGAAUUAUAUCUUUUUCCUACAUCCGCAUCUGGAGUAAACUGAAGAACCACGUCAGACCCGGGGCUGCAAAUGACCACUACAAUCAGCGAAGGCAAAAAACCACCAAAAUGCUUGUGUGUGUGGUCGUGGUCUUUGCGGUCAGCUGGUUGCCCCUCCAUGCCUUCCAACUUGCUGUUGACAUUGACCACCAGGUGUUGGACCUGAAGGAGUACAAACUCAUCUUCACGGUGUUCCACAUCAUCGCCAUGUGUUCCACCUUUGCAAACCCCCUCCUCUACGGCUGGAUGAACAGCAACUACAGGAAGGCUUUCCUCUCAGCCUUCUGCUGUGAGCAGACGCUGGACCCCAUGCAUUCAGAGGUGUCUGUGACGUUCAAGGCUAAAAAGAACUUGGAAGUCAAAAAGGAGAAUGGGCCCCAUGACUCUUUCACAGAGGCUACUGACGUCUAA